AUCAAACUGCUGUCAUAACGGUUAAAGAGGUUUUAUCUUUCUUAAUUAAGUGUUGUAGGGUGUCCAUGAUUGCAGAUUAUCAAAUUUGUCCUUACCAAAAAGUUAAAUAACAGAAAUAACGCGAGAUUGUUUUACUUAAAUAUGAUGAUGAACGGUUCAUUAAAAUUUAAUGAUUGUGUAGGCUUAGUCCUGCUCACGUCUCAUUAAUCAACCUGUAUAUAUAAACGUGAAAGACCUGACUGACUGACUUAAAUCAACGCACAGCCCAAACCGCUGGGACUAGAAAGUCGAAAUUUGGCAAGUAGGUUCCUUAUAAGGUCUAGGGGUCCACUAAGAAAGGAUUUUUCACAAUUCAUCCCCAAAAAUUACAACAACUGAAAGAAGUCCUAAAAUUUAGUAAAUUUUGAUGUACUUUUCAAUAAUCCCAAGGGAUGUUGAGGUUGAAAACUUGUAUUUGUUAUUACCAUUUCAUCAUUACGAACAUAUUAAAAAAACAGAACUACCUCAUUUGAUAUUAGAUAAAAUGUACCAAUUCCAUGGGCUAAUAGUGGACUUGAAAAUCUUUUUAAGGGAUUAUACCGAGAACAAUUCUUUUCACUUUAUUCACUUCGUAGGUUGUGUCAGACAAAUCUCAUGCGAUGUAUAAUUAUUAACAAGUGAACCUUCCCUACUGCUACCUUUUGCUGCAUAAUGUUCUAUGCUCAUGUAUACAUAUAACCACCAACAAACAAAUCCACGCGUACGAAGUCGCGGGCAACAGCUAGUUAAUUAUAAGUACUAUGUCAUGGGACGAGGACACAGAGGAAUACCUACGCUACUUUUCAACCGUAGAGCCGAAUAGUAUCACAUUCAACCCGGUCCAUAGAUAAACAAUAUUCAAUGCAUGUCAAAUAAGAAAAUCUUUAGAUGGCGCAAAUUACUUCGAGGGUGGUCGUAUAUUCCUAAAACAAAAUUCGUGAAAUUAUGUAUGUGUAUAAAGUGUUUGUAACGUUUGUUAACAAACACUUUAAGGGUAUCAUAUCGUUCAUAACAAAACAUUAUUUGAGAAAUAUAAAAAAAACAGGCAACAGAAGAAACAUGAUUUAGGCAACCGUUGUGUACCCUGACCGUAUUUAAGUUACCCUCUUGUUUUCUAACAUGGCCGAUCCUAUAGCUAAUAAUAACGAAGCACGUAAGUAUUCCGUGAUGUAACACUCAGAGAAUGUUUGCAGUAAACACUAGCGUUUUCAGCCUUGGGUUGGCCUUAACCAGGAGCAUAAUAUGCACGCUAUUCCCGAUUACGUUCUCUGUCACAUCACCUAUUAUGCUCUGCCCAUUUCCUAGCUACUGGAAAGUAUUCUGUGUGUUUUUUUAAUUGGUGCGUUUUAGUUAUUCACUAUUGGGAUAUUUUGGAAUAUUUCCCGUUUUCUUGGCAUUUGUUCAAAGUAUUCGGCGCUGAAGCACUUCUCUAAAAUUAUUUUAAUGUUAAGUCACGUAGACUGUGCUCAUUACGGGUCCUCGUCCAUUGAAACUGUUGUAAGUGCGCUCGCUCGAUCCACCAUGUUUGAAGAGCAAUGAAAUAUAAAUACGGACGCUGUGUGCUCAGUUGUUAUUCACUAAUUAACCAUCUAGGUAAUUUGUCAACAAAACGUGUUUAUUGCGUCAACUCGCGUAGAUAUUUAUUAGCUCGAACAAUAUUAUUAAUAAAUAGCUCGCGUUAGUAUGAAAUCGUAAACGUCCCGUAAAUGUACACACCUAUUAAUCAACUUGUCAGUUAUUCCAAUUUCGUUUUAUGCUCAUAAGGUUUUAUUGUUACUGAGGUGUGCCAUCGUAUUGAAGUGGUAGUGAAUAUAUCAACUAUAGUUAUUUUUGAGCGUUAUAAAGAACUCCACAUAAGUAGCCAUGAGGAUUGCAUUAAGCAAUGCAAUUUAUUAAUGACAAAAUCUCAACUACCACGAUUAGUACUUAUUGUUUACUCCAAAAUAUGUGAAAAAACCAAUAGAUUUAUUAACCUCAUGCUUACUUCGGCCCAGUUAUUUUUAAUGCAAAGUAAAAUUUCUUCAUCUCCUUUGUAAGUCUUCGCACUGUUUCAAGGUGUACGUAGCUAUUUUUGCUGUACCCAGUCUAUGUCACACCAAAAAACAAGAAGAAUUAUUAUUGUAAAAACAAGAAACCUGACUGCUUACAUAUAUUUUUGAAAUGGUAUUUUCACUAGCUUUCAUUUGAAACCCAUAUUGCUAUGGUAAGAAAAAAAAAAUAACCUCACCCCUUUUUUGAAUUGCGGGCGCCAUUUCCAAAUAUUAUAUAAUUUAUAUACCAUAUGUCAAUUCCACAAUUCUGACGAAUUCAACGAUACCUCUUAUGUCAAAAACCACCCGUUUGGGCUGUAGGGCGUGAAAAAAAAACAUACAUACGGUCCUUCUGACGCAGUUGGAUAAAAAUACAUUUUUAUGUUACGGUAUAUAAAUUAAAUUUUAUUAUCUUAUUUGACUCUAAGGACACUUCAACCUCCAAGAUUGAAAUCGAAGUUCUGUUUGGGUACACAAUAGAUCCCAAAUUAAUGGCACAAUUCACUCUGGAAUAAAAACUACUUCCACGAGAUACUUCGAUAUUUCCCGAAUACUGCGCUGCAUCCAUCUAGCUUGUUAUGACAAAGGAAAGAGCCUCGAUACGAAUAUUCAUCAAUUGCUGGCUGUGUAUUCUCAUUGAUUACGCGAGCGUAGCACUGCGAGGUCUAGUGCCACUAACCUGCACAAUAUCAUAAGUAACAACUGUGCGCUUUUAUAUCAGCUGGAAUCAGCACGCAUAUCUGUCAAUGUAUGGCAGGAAUUGCCAACGAGACCUCGCCCUCGUCGUCCAGCUGACACACAAUUUAAUCUUAAGGACCAGAAAGAGCCGAAGCCGGCCCUUCAGCUGUUAAUUAGAUGAGUUAAGGAUCCGCAUGGGUACAAGCAAAAACCAUACUUAUAUUCCAUACCACUCUAUUGCCAAUGCACUCGACUGCUUUUGCACUCUUCUGCGCGACUGUUUACUUCAUUACCCUACUUUAUAAGGCAUUCUACUCGAUAAUUUCACAAAAGGAGAGGAAUAGAUUCGGAAGUGGCAACACGAUGUUUCUUCUGUGCAAUUACAUCACGGUACCUAUGUUAACGAUGCUCGCCGGGCAGAAAGCGCACAACGAGGCGGACCAAGUGGUCAGAACAUUGGCUCGGCUGCAAAACAUACUAUUGAGAGUGCGUGGGGAUGGCGUGGCAGAACUGAACAAAACGGUGAUAAACCUUCACCGACUAAUGACAGUGAAGCGCAUUAGGAUCGAGAUACUCUCCGACGUGGUCCUGCACAUGCCUAUGCUGCCUGAUAUUAUUCAUACUGUAAUAUCCUAUACUAUUCAUUUUCUUCAAUUUAAUCACAUUGUGUGAGAGGUGUUUACACAAGACAUAACAAAUAUGCACAUGCACGACACUGUAUUUAAUGUUUUUACUUAAUUUUUUAUAUUCUUAUUUGUAUUCAAGUGUUCAAUAAAAGCAACAAAUUUAACACA